AUGAUACCAUUUUCAAAGACUGCCUUGCCUCUUUUACUCAUCAUAGUCGUUUUGACGAACGCUCUUUUGGCUUUCUCAAAGAGCCCAAAUUUGAAUAGAAAUAAACAUGCAACGGAAAAUGCAAUUCGACGCAAACGUGAUUCUCCGGCCAAAGUACCAGUUCAAUGGAAACGUGGAACAAUUCCAGAAACGAAUGUUAAGCUUGAUUCAAGAAGCCCAGAGAUGGUCAAAAUGCCAAAGGAACUCAAGGACGGCGAAUCAGAAACAAGCCCAAGCCAACAAAAGCGCAAGACUCCGGCCAAAGUACCAAGGCCUUGGAAACGUGAAACAAAGAAUAUCCCAGAGACGAAUGUCGUCAAGCUUCUUCCAAGAAGCUCAGAGAAGGCCAAAGUUCAAAAUCCGAUCAGCAAUGGUAGAUCAAAAGCAAGCUCAAGCCAACAAAAACGCAAUUCUCCGGCCAAAGUACCAGUUCAAUGGAAACGUGGAACUUCCAAGCUUCCGGAAAGGAAUGUCAAGCUUGAUCCAAGAGAUGAAGAUGAUCAGCCUGCAAGCCAGCAUGAUGAUAAAAGAGACAAUCAAAGAAAUCCUAAGAAUCAGAAACAUGCGAAUCAACAGGUGAAUGAAAAAAGAGGCUAUGGAAGAAAUCCGAAGAAUGAUAAAAAGCCGGCGAAUCAAAAAGAUCAGGGUCAGCAGGACAAAAAAAGAAGAAAAUGA